AUGCGGGAGCUCAAGGUUCCUUGUGUUCGAUAUCCAGGUGGCAACUUUGUUGCAACUUAUCAUUGGUUGGAUGGCGUGGGUCCCAAAGAAGACAGACCAAAGAGACCAGAGUUGGCUUGGUUGGGGACGGAAAGCAACGAGUUUGGCACGAAUGAGUUUAUGGAGUGGUGUGAAGAGGUUGGAUGUGAGCCGUACCUGGCUUUCAACUUUGGGACUGGCACUCUCGAUGAAGCAUUGGCGUGGGUAGAAUACUGCAACUCGACGCAGAAUACUUACUAUGCGAAUCUUCGGAGACAGCAUGGACGAGAGAAACCAUACGGGGUCAAGUAUUGGGCGCUUGGUAACGAAUGCUGGGGACCUUGGCAAGUGGAGCAGAUGACGAAAGAGGAUUACGCAAAGAAAGCAUAUCAAUGGGCAAAAGCACUCAAGCUGCUUGACCCGUCGCUAGUGUUGAUCCUUUGCGGCGAGACUGGCCACUCUUCAUGGGACCACCAUGUCCUGACGCAUUGCCUCAAGCCUGAUGUCCAUGGGCUCGGCGGCAAUUCAAAAGCCAGCUUGAUCGAUAUGCACUCCAUCCACAUGUACACCGCCUCGUCUGACCCUGUCAAAAACGCAAUCGCGCCUAGAAGUGCCGAAAGAGCGAUUGGGAUCUGUGCGGGUUUGAUUGAUCUCGCACGGAUCGAGAACGGCGUCAGGGCAGAGGUUCCAAGGCAGACGAUAUGUUUUGAUGAGUGGAAUGUUUGGGACCCCACCCGAGCGCCAGGUGAAGAAGGAGCAGAGGAGAAAUAUACUCUUUCCGAUGCUUUAGCGGUAGCGGUCUGGUUGAAUAUCUUCGUUCGGCAAAGCAAAUACGUUGGAAUGGCCAACAUUGCGCAGAGUGUCAAUGUCAUAUCCCCACUUAUGACCACGCCGCAAGGUUUGGUGAAGCAGACGACUUGGUGGCCUUUGCUUUUGUUUAGCAAGUUUAUGCGUGGGGCAACGCUUGCUACUCAUGUAAGUUGCGAGUGCUAUGAAGGAGAGACGGAACCGACAUGGCUUAGAGCUGCUGGUGAAACACCGUGGUUGGAUGUCUCUGCCGCUAUGGGAGACGACGGCUGGGUCAGCCUGGUGGUUGUGAAUGUUAAUACGACGGAAAGCUUCGUCGUGGAUUUGGAGGGUGUACCUGCUGGACAUGUAGAUGUGUAUACUGUGACUGGAGAAAAGUGGGAUGUCGUAAAUACGACGGAAGUGGAGAAUGUCGGGGUUGUUGAGAGCAAGUGGGAUGGCAGUGGUGCGUUCAAGUUUCCGAGAAUGAGCAUGACUAUGCUGCGAUGGAAGCCAGUAUAG